CCUGCAGCCUUCUCGGAUUGGAGGUGGAUCCGCAUCUUGGCUCCGGUUUAGCUCACAACACUCAAUGCAGAAGAUCCCACCUGUUUCGGUGGCAAUGGAUUUUAGCCCAUCAGCCUUUGACACAACACACCAGAAACCAAAACGCGAGUGUUAUGCUAAGUGAAUUUCGCCGUGGCUCUCUCAUGCCUCUAUGCUGUUGGAACUGCUUUAACCGGAGCGGACGAGGGAAACAUAUUUCUGAAUGAUUUUCGUCGGAGUGCCGCAGUUUGUCUUCCAAACCGAGACAAGAAUGUCACGACAACAGCAGACGUCGUUCAAAGCCUCGGACAGCGUGGUCGAGGUCAAAAGUAAAGUGAUUUGACGCAGAAUACCGCCGCUUUGCUUUCAAGAGGAACUGCCCAGGUGGCUUCCAAGAGUUCUAUAGCCUCCUCCAAACUAUCCAUCGCAUCCCUGAAGUAGACAUGUUAUUGGGAUAUGCAGAUGACCAUGGAGACCUUCUUCCAAUCAACAAUGAUGAUAACUUCCACAAAGCUGUCUCAUCAGCAAAUCCCUUACUUCGCAUUAUCAUAACCAAGAAAGAGGAUGAACCUGCAAUUUUCGCCACUAACUCCCUCCAGAGGCGGAAAAAAGGCUUGGGUUUGACAGGUCUCCGUACGGCUGGUUCAAUGUCUACCCACUCAAAGAGCAAAAUGGGUCUCAUGAUUGGUCGACCACAGAACUUCCGUCAAAUUUCAUCGAUUAUUGACGUGGAUAUCCUACCCGAGACACAUCGCCGAGUACGGCUCCACAAGCACGGUACCCGUAAACCUCUGGGCUUCUACAUUCGAGAUGGGGCCAGUAUGAGAGUGACGCCUUAUGGUGUAGAAAAGGUUCCAGGAGUGUUCAUAUCCCGCCUUGUGCGUGGUGGUCUUGCAGAGAGUACUGGGCUCUUGGGAGUUAACGAUGAGAUUCUUGAGGUCAAUGGUAUUGAUGUUACAGGAAAAUCUUUAGACCAGGUGACAGACAUGAUGGUGGCCAACAGCCACAAUCUUAUAGUGACAGUGAAACCAGCUAACCAGAGGAACAAUGUCAUGCAUCGAGGGAGUAAAACAACAGGAAAUUCUGGUUCUUUUGGCUCAAAUGGAUCUACAGGCUCCGCUCUGUCACAUGAUUCAACGAGUCCUGCCACUCACAGCACCCCCAUCACUGCAAGUAACAGUAUCGUAGAGGGUGACAGCGAUGAAGAAGAAGAUGAUGAUGGUGACCUCAUCCUGGAAAGUGACUGUUUGACAUUCUAUCAACCACACAACGUUACAAACCUCACCAGUGAAAGAUUGCACAGCAGCCCUGUGGGUAGAACCCUUCAACAGAGCGUCUCCAUGCCUGAAUACAUGGGAUCAAACCUGAGGUCUGGUCAAAACGGACACCCAGGUCACAGCAUUCAACGAAGCAUGAGAGAUGGCAAUAUAAUAACAAUGUGAACACAACCAUGUCUUAACCUGACUAUGAAAUAACAUAUGUAAAAAAA